CCGAAAGCGCUGUGGGCCCAAGGAGCAUAAGCGUUGCGGUUGAAGCUGAAAUAAUAUCAUUGUCAGGCAUCAUUUGCCUUGAGACUGCGCAUGCCGUCAAUACUCCGUCGGCAUGAAGCGAGACGGCACUGAUGCCGGCGGCGGCUCGGGACGAGCCACGUACUGUAGCAACGGCGAAGAGGGCGCCAGAGGCGGCGGCGGUGGCUCGGGAGGAGCCACAUACGGUAUCAAUGGUGGAGAGAGCGCCAGAGGCGGCGGCGGUGGCUCGGGAGGAGCCACAAGCUCCGGCGAUGGCGGAGUAGAGGGCGCCAGAGGCGGCGGCGGUGGCUCGGGAGGAGCCACAUACUGCGCUAGAGUAGAGGGAAAGGACGCCACAGAUGCCGGCGGCGGCUCGGGACGAGCCACGUACUGUAGCAACGGCGAAGAGGGCGCCAGAGGCGGCGGCGGUGGCUCGGGAGGAGCCACAUACGGUAUCAAUGGUGGAGAGAGCGCCAGAGGCGGCGGCGGUGGCUCGGGAGGAGCCACAAGCUCCGGCGAUGGCGGAGUAGAGGGCGCCAGAGGCGGCGGCGGUGGCUCGGGAGGAGCCACAUACGGUAUCAAUGGCGGAGAGAGCGCCAGAGGCGGCGGCGGUGGCUCGGGAGGAGCCACAAGCUCCGGCGAUGGCGGAGUAGAGGGCGCCAGAGGCGGCGGCGGUGGCUCGGGAGGAGCCACAUACUGCGCUAGAGUAGAGGGAAAGGACGCCACAGAUGCCGGCGGCGGCUCGGGACGAGCCACGUACUGUAGCAACGGCGAAGAGGGCGCCAGAGGCGGCGGCGGUGGCUCGGGAGGAGCCACAUACGGUAUCAAUGGUGGAGAGAGCGCCAGAGGCGGCGGCGGUGGCUCGGGAGGAGCCACAAGCUCCGGCGAUGGCGGAGUAGAGGGCGCCAGAGGCGGCGGCGGUGGCUCGGGAGGAGCCACAAGCUGCUGCGAUGGCGGAGUAGAGGGCGCCAGAGGCGGCGGCGGUGGCUCGGGAGGAGCCACAAGCUCCGGCGAUGGCGGAGUAGAGGGCGCCAGAGGCGGUGGCGGUGGCUCGAGAGGAGCCACAAGCUGCUGCGAUGGCGGCGUUGAGAGCGCCAGAGGCGGCGGCGGUGGCUCGGGAGGAGCCACAAGCUGCUGCGAUGGCGGAGUAGAGGGCGCCAGAGGCGGCGGCGGUGGCCUGUCAGGCGUCGCAGGCAGCUGCGACGGUUGAUAAAGCACUGGCUUGCAAAAGGGCUUCACCCUUGGAAGUGAGGCGGGCUGCGGAAGAGGCUGCGACAGUUGUGGACUGGAGGUGUCUGAGGGACGCCAGCAGCAGGGUCCGCGCAGUUGGGUCUCAGCAUGCGGUCUGAGCUGCGGUGUCACGGGGGGUGACACUUGGGGAGUGUUGCCUGAACGCGAUGGCGGAGACAUAGCCAUGGGCGUCACCGGGUCCGACCCAACAUGCAUUGGGUUGUACGGAGCCGAGUCAGGCAUACGGGCGCGGCAUGAAUGUGACUCAUGGUCAGCCUGCGGGAGAACGACGCUUCCAUACCCGGCGUGCAGUGGGGUGCCAGGGCCGGAUUGGUGCUUGAGGUCCUCAUACCUUGCCGUGGCAAGGCGUACCUGUCUAGCCCAUAACUCUUUCUCGUAGGGAGAGAGUUGAGGAUUGACAGCGAGGUACUCAUUCAGCUCUCCCACGAACGCCCAUAGUUCGCCAGCGCUGCGGUUAUCACGGGAUGUCACUGUUCCCUCAUGGCUGCUAUCAACAACCUGCAGGAAGCUGACCAUCUCAUAAUCACCCGCAUCAAUAGUGGGAUCUGGAUCCGGGUCUGGAUCCGUGUACGGCAGCUCAUCAGUUGAAUUCUGGCGUGACGUCCCGGGAAGGGGCCCCAAAGGACCAUAGUUCUCCAUCAGGUACACUCGGAGGUCACCAGUCGGCAUAAGUGGCAACGGUGAGCCCGGGUACCCAAAUGUGAACCGGUCUGGCCGGUUGAGUAUCACUCCACCAACGCGGAUAGCGUGUGCCAUGGCCUGUGAUAGGGUUUCUGGCCGCGCUAGUUUGGUCUGUUGGCGGAUGGGUGACCUCAGACCGCUCAUGAACCCAUGCAGGUGGGUGUCAUGUGCGUCACCAUUGACACGCAACUCAGCGAGAAGGUGUCGGUAGCGGUCACAAUAAGCACGAACAGGUUCAUCCCGUUGUUGCUGACAAUUGGCUAGACGGGUGUAAAGCUCACCGGUCCUGAGACCGAAGCGCUCUGUGAAUGCAGCACAGAAAGCUGGCCACUCAGCAAACCCGAAGCCUGAACACCACCUUUGUGCCUCAGGGCCAAGGCGGCAUUUAGCAACAUCCAACCUGGUUGCGUCCGACCAGCAGUACAUCCGAGCACAAACGUCCAGUGUGUCGAGCCACUGUUGCGCGCUAUCAGCCGGCGUGUAGACGGGUACGCACUCAAGAGCUGAUGCAUCAAAACGAGGUACGACACGUCGGUUUGGCACAGGAGGUGGUUCGUCUUCUGCAUCCAUUGUCACGGAUGGGAGGCGAGGAGCGACGUGGAAGCAAGCAGGCGCGACGGUACAGGGGGCGUCCGCACCUGUUAGGGGAGGGGCGCAAUAAGGAAGGAAUUGUGUGGGGUUUCAGUAAUGGUUCAAAGAUAGAAAUGGGCACUCCGCGUAGGGGGACGCGUGAGGCAGAUCAGAAGCUGACGCGUAGGAUCUAAACCAAAAGACGGGUCCGACCGACAGGUCAAGCAACAGGUUCAGGCAGGGCACGACGGGCUGACCGCGCCAAUGCAGGCUGGCAGAAUUCAAACCUCAGUAGUGGCAAACAAAGCAGGUGAAGCAAGCAGGUAAUACGCUCUGUAAACGGGCUGCGGGGAAAGCUGGCCCCCGUGGAGAUUGCCCUGCGACUUGCGCAGCGGGCUAGGUGUCAAACACGCGACAGCAACUAUACACAAAACACGUUCCCGCAACUCCCCCCACAAAAGGCGCACGCCCAGGAAAACCUGGAAAGUACAAAACUUUUUCGCGCCCACGGGUUGUGUAAUGCGUUGUAGUGCACGGGCUCACGUAUGAAGACGCGAUGAACCGCUUGUCGGUCGUGUCACCACUAACAACCGCAGGACUGGGGGGAUACCGGUCACACGCACACGAACACACCCGUACGGUACGGUACACAGGCACACACACGCGGCCCUUGGACGAAGGUCUUGGCUUCUGGACGGCGACGGUGUAGAUGCAGCGAACCUUGAAUGGGUUGACGGGAGAUAUGUAUAUACGGGAGUCUCGGGAGUCUCAGGAGUCUCAGGGGUCAAGCAGCAGCCGGGACUCACACACACGCUCACGCACACAGGCAGCGGCAGGGGUCACGGAGCACUGGGCUCUGGAUGGUCUGCGGCGCUGACUGGAGGCGGGUGGUGCUAGGCUGACGAAGGAGGCGAAGGGAGAAGGAGAAGGCAGAGAAGGGAGUAGGAGGCGAAGACAGGGGAUCCCGGGAGUGCAAGGCAGGGACCAGGGCCGGAGUUGGUGGGCGCAAGGCACGACACCGAGCUGCUGCGACACAGGGAUCCUAAGCACAGGCACGCGGGAGAUAGGAGUCUCAAAUGCAGGAGGGCUCAGGGCGACCUGCAGGCUCUGCAACACGGAGCGUGAAGCAGGCAAGGGAGCCGGGUGGUGGCUCGCAAAGAAGGCGGAGAAGUAGCACUGGCGUGGCGCAGACGGCAGGCGGUGCUUUGGAGACAGGCGCGGGCAGCUGUAGUCGCUGACGGGGCGCGGAGAAGUAGUCGACGGCUCCUUGAGGACGACGACGAGGGAAACGCAGGGAAACCUGUGAGGGGCCUGUGGCUGGGGAUAGCUACACAGGACACA